UUUCACUGCACUCUCCAGCUAUAGUCAAGGUAUUCAGGAUGGUUAGUUGGUCUGUCCUUCCCCCCACUUGCUUACUAAAAGUACAAACAAUUUAGGCCACCCUAUUCUUUCACUGCACUCUCCAGCUAUAGUCAAGGUAUUCAGGAUGGUUAGUUGGUCUGUCCUUCCCCCCACUUGCUUACUAAAAGUACAAACAAUUUAGGCCACCCUAUUCUUUCACUGCACUCUCCAGCUAUAGUCAAGGUAUUCAGGAUGGUUAGUUGGUCUGUCCUUCCCCCCACUUGCUUACUAAAAGUACGAAAAGUUUACUACUUCCUUUCUCCCACCGCAGAUCUAUCGGGGAUGGUUGAUCGUGUAGAGGUGUUACUGGUGAUGGUGGGAGAGUGUGAGGGUGUGAUGGAGGAGGGGGAGGGGAGGAUGAGUGGGUGUGGUCCCAUCGGAGCCGACCCGGACAGACUGGUUCAGCAACAGGAAAUACUGGAUACACUGGACGGUGAGCUAAUGGAGAAGAAGAAGGUUCCGGAAGACCUGAGAACCGAGGUCAUGAAUAUCAUCAGAGACUGUGCCGAGGGAAGUGGGGCGGAGCUCCGGGGGAGGUUGGAGGACCUGCAAAACCGGUUUGACGGGUUGUGUGGGACCUGCUACGAGGCUAAAGAGCUGUGUGAAGAGGCAACUGCUGACAUGCAGACGUACAAGAAAAGCGAGAAGAUAUUUCUGGACUGGUUGGAGAAGGCGAGUAAUAAACUGGGAGAGAGAACUGCAGCCAAGAAGCCCAUUGGAAUCAUCCACUCUGAGGCUGAAGACUUCUCGGAUUUCAUGAAGGAAAUGGAGCAACAUAGUGAGGAAUACGGGCAGCUGCGUUGCCUUGGCAACAGACUUGCCGCGAAAUACAAACCCAGCGAUGCACUGGAUGAGAUGAUGUCAUCAUUACAUCAUCAAUGGGAGGAGUUUGUGUCAAAGUUAUUUGGUCAUUUGGAGAAGCUACACUCGCUGGCAAUGAAGUGGGACGGGUAUGAAAGAGACGUGAAAAACCUGUUGAACUGGAUCAUGAGCGAGGCAAACCGGUUUAGCGGGGAGGUAACCAGUAGAGGGGACAAGGGAGUGGAGGACCACAUCCACUCGUGCAAGUUAUUCUCUGAAACUCUGGAGGGGAAGAAGGAGGACGUCACCCAGAUACAAUCUCUGGCCGACGAGCUGAGGUUAGAAGACGGGGAAAAAACCAACGGGACUUGCGACGUCGACUCUCGUUGGAACGAUGUGAAUCAGCACUGGACGUCUCUGUGCAAGUUGCUGCUGGAGACUCUGAUUAGACUAGAGGCUACUUAUGCUGAGCUACAACACUUACUUAUGAUCAGGUCAGACGAGUUUGACUGGCUUGAACACAGUGAAAGGGAGGCGGCAGAGCAACGCUGUUGCCAUGGUGAUGUCGGUCGAGUGGAGGAAGAAAUAGUCCGACACCAGCAACUGUUGUCAGAGGUUGAAGGUCACAGUAACGAGGCGGAGUUCAUUCAGGAGACGGUUGAGUUCUUAUUAGAGCACACCUCGCUACCUGGGAGGGAAGACGUGAAGUUGAAAGCAGCUGACUUCUCCCAUCGCUAUGGCGACCUUUUGAAAACACUAAAAACCUAUGUUGGAAACCUAGAGGAGUCAGUUCCUCUGUGGAAUGAAUUCAAUGCCGUCAGUCAGGAGUUUGGGGAGUGGCUUGACCACGCCCACUUACAACUGACCUCUGACCUUACACAACCCGGGAAUGCCAUCGUCACGGAGACCAGCCUCAGGAAUGUCGAGCUAUUACAGGAGGAGCUGGCAGGUCACGAGGGAACUUUGGACACCCUGAGAGCUCUGACUGAGUCUCUCUCUCAACUGAUUCCCUCCGAGGAUAAGGAAUAUGUGUGUGAACUGAGAGAUGAGCUGGUGGAACGGACUGGGGACGUGGCGGAACAGACUCGGGACAGAUCAGAGACCCUGGAACAGCGACUGAAGAGCUGGCAGGUAUUUCCGGUUGCCGAGGCCCAGGCGGUGCAGGCAUUCCUGCAGCAGGUGCAGGUUGCCAUGGAGGAAGGGAGUGAGGGACGGGAGGAGGGAGAGGGGGAGGGGGAGGAGAGAGAGGUCGAGGAAGAAGUUAGCUACGAACAUCUGCAAGAAAAACUGAGGAGGCUUGAGGAGCUGCAGAGGUUGCAGCAGAGUAACAGAGACAAGCUGUCGACCAUCAACCAGUCUGUGGAGAGUCCGGAGGUACAGGCCGCUCUUCAGAGGAAUCCCGACAUCUCUAAAGAGAGAAGCAACCUCUUGCAAGGAUGGUCCAGCAUGUCAGAGGCUCUGGUCCGGAGGAUCACUGCCAUGAAGGCGAGAGCGGACAUGAUGAGAGAGGUGGAGGGUGCCUUGGGGAGGGUGUGUGAGUGUGUGAGGGAAUUUGGGGAGGAUGUGGAGAAGCCUCUCCCUCCCCCUCCGCUACUGGGGGCCUCGAGGGAUGAGAUCCUGGAGAGACAGACUGCACUGUGUGCCAAGUGCCAAGAGGAGAUGACUGGUUUGAAUAACCUGUUUGACCGGUUUUCAACCAGUCCUGAACUGGAAAUACCAGUCAGAACCACCGACAGGGCAGCUACUGCCAGAAAAGAUUUCGAGGUUGCUUCAGAAAGAGCGGAGCAGAAGGCUGAGCUGGUUGCCAGGCAACUGGAGAUGUGGGCGGAGCUAAAGUCAUUGUUGCCCCGCCUCUUUGGCUGGCUGCGCGGAGCUCUGUCGGAGUUGUCGUGUCUGAGGAAAAUUCCUGACUUUGUCACUGAAUUUUCUUCCCUGGAGAGUAGAAUGGAGGAUCUCCGAGAGCAGGUAUCAGACAAUGCAGACGGAGUCCAUAGACUGCAGGCAUUAGCAGAGGAGCAACUCGCCAGUGACGACCAUCCUGGUGUUAGGGAGAUGAAGAAAAAGUUAUCGCGAGUCGAGGAAAAGUGGCAGGCACUUAACGAGGGGGUGGAGUCUCUCGUGGUUGCCGUGGCACCCUGGAAGGAGAUGACGGACAGGUUUGACGAGUUGCUGGACUGGUUUGACCGGUUUAGAGAGCGAGUCAGGCGAGAUCUCUCCAACCUGGAACAAGAGGAGGAAAACUCGGCCAACAUGUCCGAUUACAUCGUUGCUCUAAAGGACCACCUGCUAAAAAUGGAGCAGCAGGGAGAGGCUCUGGCUCAACUGACCAAUCAGAGCGCAGAGCUGCUGUCAGGUGACGUCUGCAGUAGACACGGUCCGGCAGCUGAGCUGAGAGAACAGGUAUGUGGGAAUUGGGAAUGAAGGAAUGGCUGUGCUGGAAUGGAAGAAUGAGAGACUGGGAGUUUCUGUUCCCCAGAUAUCAGAGUUGGAGGACAUGUGGGCAGGCGAGGAAGAGGUGCUGAGACAGUCUCUCUGUGACGUGGAGGAAAAGGAAGCAGAAUGGAAGAGAGUGGCUGUUUCCAGUAUCCGCCAACUGUCUCUCCUCUCUCUCAACAUCUCCAGCAAGGAUGAGGCUCUCUUUGCCAGGGAGAGGGAGAUAGAGAGACAGAGGGAGGAAAUCGAGGAGCUGAAACGCAGUUUGAGAACCCAACCUGUGGCUCCGCCCACUCAACAGCAAUCAUCAUUUUGCAGGAAAUUUUUCCUUUUUCUUCUUGUAUUUUUUCUCCUAGUGUUAGCCUUUCUUUCUCUGUUUUAUCACGAUGUGGGGUCUCAUCUUGAACUUUCACCCCUCAUCUUCGAGAUCUCCAAAGCUCCGUACAAGCCGAUAUGAUCACAUGACAGUCACGUGAUACUUGACUCAUAUCACUGAACUCUACUAUCAUCACUACUCUCCAUUUUGUCAUUUACCUGUAUUUUUACACGACUUCCCUGCUUAUUUUUUUGUUACAAUCUUAUUUUUUUCCCACUGAUUUUUUAACAUACUACAGUGCUGGUUCUCAGCCUGAAUAAGCGUGUUUUUGGCUUCAUGCUAAUAGCUAUAUCUAAUCAGCAGACAACUCUAAUAUAUUGGACAA